AUGGAGAAAAAUGCAUCCUCACCAUUCAAUUCAACCUUACUCCCAACUCAACUCCCACUCAAUAGUACUGCUGACACCAAUUCCACAGUAAAACCCUUCAGUGUGUUUGAUGGGUGCGAUCAUCAGGUAGAGGGCAUACUCUUUGACCUGACCCUGCAGUCUAUCAAUGUAAUCGUGGGAAUCCCUACCAACUUACUUGUCAUUGCACUCCUCAUUCAGAAUCGAAAAGAACCCUCCACUUCAGACAUAUUCUUGGGCUGUCUGGCCUUCAUGGAUAUCUACUUCAGUGCCAUGACCCCCAUCAUUUUCCUAAACUUCUACUACUGGCAGAGCAAGGAGGUGUGGUCUGCCAUGAAGUUCUCUUAUGGCGUGAAAGACACUAGUGGUCCCUUGUUUUUCUCCUGUAUCUGCCUGGAUCGCUUCAUAGCUGUGCUCUUUCCUAUUUCAUUUGGGCAAUUCAAACACAUAAAAUACAGGUUAUUCCUCACAGUGCUGGUUCUCUGCCUCACCUUUGCAUACUCCAGUGCCAAGUGUGUGGGAGGCUUGCCUAAUUUUGAGAAGGUGUUCACAGGUGAGAUCCUGGCAACAUUCACCUGGAUGGUUGUGUGUAACAUAAGCAUCAUGUGGGCCCUGAAGAAGUCCCGUGGUGCAGGGAAGGAUGAGAUGCACCCCAUGAAGAAGAGGGCCUUUAGGAUGGUGCUCUCCAUCCUUUGUAUUAUUGUGUUUAACUACCUACCACCAGUAGCACUGUUCCCCUUUGAGGACUACUACUCCCCAGAUGUUUUUCGCUGCUACGUGCAGCCCGUUGGCUUCGCUUUCAUUAACAUCAGCAGCACCAUCCAGCCACUUGUCUACUUGUCUCGCCUGGAGAAGGUGCCUUUCCUCUCUGACGCCUGUGUUAAGAAGUGUUGCCCCUGUGUCACCGCAGAGAACAACAAAACCCCACCUGCACAAAACCCACAAAACCCACCUGCUUAG